AUGCGCACCAGCGGCCUCUUGUCGAGCGCCAUGGCCUCGGCCUACAGCGCGUACCAUGGCGCUGCCAGGGCCGCCAAGGCCACCAAGGCUCCCUGGGCCCCCGUGCCGCCCGACGGCUCUCCGUUCACAGUCACGGCCCUGAGUCGAUGGUCCAGCUUGGACAAAACCCUACCAGCCGUUGGCAAGAUCAAGGCUCUUCACGUUUACGAUUUCGACAACACGUUGUUCAAGUCGCCCGUGCCUAAUCCGGCCGUCUGGAAUGGGCCCACGAUAGGACUGUUGGUCACGCCGGAGGGCUUCCACAACGGCGGCUGGUGGCACGAUAACCGCAUCCUCGCGGCGACCGGACAGGGCGUGGAAAAGGAAGAGCCUCGGGCCUGGGAAGGAUGGUGGAACGAGACAGUCGUGCAGCUGGCUCGCCUGACCAUCAAGCAACCGGACGCCCUCUGCGUGCUCCUGACCGGCCGCUCCGAGAACGCCUUUGCCGACCUGCUCAAGAGAAUGGUCGCCGCCAAAGGCCUUGAUUUCGACCUCGUCAGCCUCAAGCCGCGCGCCAGUCCGUCAAACCAGCGGUUUCAGAGCACCAUGCACUUCAAGCAGGUGUUCCUCAACGCCCUCAUGGAAACGUACCGUGAAGCCACCGAGAUAAGAGUGUACGAGGACCGACCAAAGCAUACCGCCCGCUUCCGCGACUUCUUCCAAGAGUACAACCGCCUCCAAGGCGUGGCGGCAACUCGCGGCCCCAUAAGCGCCGAGGUGGUUCAGGUAGCAGAAAGCUCGGCAAGACUGGAUCCCGUCACCGAGGUCGCCGAGGUUCAGCGCAUGAUCAACCUGCACAACGACACCGUCGUGCAGCAGAGCAAGCUGAAAAUCAACACGUCCGUCGUAAUCACCAGCUACUUGCUCAACGACGACGACAGCAAGAAAAUGUUCAACCUCGUCGAUAUCCCGGACCACGUGGCCAGGGACGAGUUGAAGAUACAUUCUGACAACAUCCUCAUCUGUCUUCGGCCGUGUCCCUCGUACAUUCUCGACAAAGUCGGCGGGAUGGGGAGCAAGAUGCUGUGGAAGGUGACCGGCACGGCAUGUUACAACAAUAGCAUCUGGGCCGCUCGCGUGCGGCCCGCGCUGUCCACGGCCCGGUACCACACGGAUAACCCAGUCCCUCUGGUCGUCCUGGCCCUCGUCAAGGGAGCUCGAAUCGCUGAUGCUGCGAAAAUCGCCUACUGGCACCCCUUGCCCAAGGGUCAGUCCUUCGAGUUCGAGACUACCGUGGGCGAAAAGGUCAUUUUACGGGUCGACAGGGAAGAUCACCCAGGGUAUGACCAGCAGAGCGCCUCUGCAGGCACAACAUCUAAGCGCAAACACGCCGAAGACGAAGGUUGGGUAGCCAGGAACGCCCACGGGCCACACGGCGGCCGAAACGAGCCCAGAGGUUACCACUCGGGGACGCGUGGAGGGGGCCCUCGCGGCCGAGGUAGUGCCUUUCGAGGAACCCGCGGCAGCGCCAGGGGCGGGGGCCGGGGGGCCGGCCGGGGUGGUGGCAGAGGCAAAGGAGCGGGAUAUCAGUACCGAUCUCUGGACGACGUCGAUCCCAGGAAUCAACAGGGUUGGGGGCAUGGACCCCAAGUCAGCUACGACGACGCCUACCCUCGACUACAUCAGCACCGAUCGCAAGGCCCACCCCCAACCGGCCCCAAGGCAUCUCUCGGCCGGGGAGGAUCCCACCACGGCGGUGGAGGCGGGCGAGAAGGCGGCGCGGGCCGCUCCCUUGCAAGUGGACAAGCGUCGAAUAACGCAGACCUGGAGAGCUACUACUAA